GCAAAAAGAAAUUUGUCCAUCUCUCCUGAUUAUUCCUCAUAUGAAUUCAACACAACAAUACAUUUUACAUGUCCCGAAGGAUUUAUAAUCCGGGGAUAUACACAAGCAGUUUGUGGACCAGAGGGGAUCUUCAUUAAUAAUAAUCGUUCUGUAUACAUGCAUCCAUCAUGCGAAGCUAUAACUUGUUCCAGUGCUGACAAUCUAUCGGAUAUAAUAAAGACUCCUUCAAAGCUAAAGUUUAACUACCAUGAGAGGAUAAACUUUUCUUGUGCAAGUGGAUACUCUCUACAAAAACCAACAACAGCUGUGUGCGAAAAGUACGGGCUCCGAUAUACAGAUGGAUCUCCGAAUUGUAUAGAAAUACAAUGUAACAGCUCAACUGUAUCAAGCAACAACCUGUUACUAGAUCCUCUAGAAGAAAUUUAUGCAUUUAAUGUGACCAUAACCUUUUCAUGUAUACAAGGGUACAACCUAAAAGGCUCUAAGUGGGGAAAAUGUUUACAAAACAACGUCUUUGUUUUUAUGCCUGACAAUGAAAAGCCAUAUUGUGAAGAUAUAACAUGCAACGAAUCGGCUAUAGAAGUUGAAAAUCUUUUAAUUGAUACGUCAGUUAUCUACAAAUACAAUCAAGUAAAAGAAUUUAAGUGCAAAGAAGGUUUCAUUAACAAUGGAUCAAAGAUGGGGACAUGCAAAGCUCAAGAUGGUUUUGAAUUUUCAUCCAGUGGUCAACCUUUUUGCAAAGAGAAAGUCGGUCAUUUUCAAACAGUUAUUGGAGACUUUACUGGGGGGAUACUUGGUGGCAUUGGUAUAUUGGUAUUUAUUUUUUUGGCACUGAUGCUUCUGAGGAGGAAAUCAAAAAUAAAAACCACUGCUAAUGCCCCUCCCCAAGACAACGAGCAAAUGCUUAGCAACUUAGAUAAUCAAUAUGCAGCGGUUGACCCACUGAGGAAAAAAGAAGAAAUUAUAAUUUCUGACCUAACAACAGAGAUAAACGACGGAUCACAAACAUAUGAAAACGUGAGCGCCACAAAUAAAGAUAGUUUGAAUACACCAGAUCAGAAUGUUUACUAUGAGUUUUUACCAGAGUCAAAGCCAUCGGAAACUGCCAUCAAAUUAUCCCUGUUCAAGGACCACGUGGAGAUCAGAAAGAGAGAGAACAAUUUCUUCAGCAAUCAAUUUAAGAAAUUUUAUAAUGGUCUUCAGUUUCCGGCCACGGCUGCUGUAGCGUCUGGCAAUAAGUCGAAAAACAAAUACAAACACGUCUAUCCAUACGAUGAAACACGUGUUAAGCUAAACGUAGAAAAUGAUCCUGAAAAAUCAGAUUUCAUCAACGCAUCCUAUAUACACGGAUAUGGAAAAGUAAAGGCAUAUAUUGCUGCACAAGGGCCUUUGGUAGAUACUAUUGAAGACUUUUGGUCACUGGUAUGGAAUGAAAAUUGUGGGAAAAUUGUGAUGCUUAUAAAUUUAAAGGAGAAUGACAAGAUAAAAUGCAUCCAAUACUGGCCUGAGAAAGGCCUUAUGAAGAAAGGAGAAUUAAUCAUAGAAGUUGUAGAUACUGAAGAGUUUGCAGACUUCAUAAUUCGGACAUUUUGCUUUAAAAAGGAAAAUAAACAGAGAAUAAUUCGACAUUUUCACUUUACGGCAUGGCCAGAUAAAGGAGUUCCUCUCUACGCCUCAUCUCUAGUUCAUUUUCACUCAAAAGUGAAAAAUACUAUUGCUCAGGGCAAAGGUCCUAUGGUUGUACAUUGCAGUGCAGGUAUUGGUAGAACUGGUAGUUUUAUUGCGUUGGACUUCCUGAUUCAGCAGGCCAAAGAAUCGGGCUUUAUAGACGUGUUUAGAUGUGUGGAAACAUUGAGACGACAACGAGUCAAUAUGGUGCAGACUUUGGAGCAAUAUAUAUUUCUUCACGAUGCCCUUGUUGAAGCAUUAAUGUGUACAUCGUCCGUUCCUUCAACGACCGAGUUUUCUCAGAUUUACCAAAAUCUGAUGAAAGUAGACCCAAAAAGUGGCAAAAGAAAUAUUGACCAAUAUUAUGAGAACCUGAGUACUGGUUGUGCUGAAAUCCCUCAAGCUGCCUACGACUUUGCUAAGAAGCAAGAAAACAAAAGAAAGAACAGAUACAACAAUAUUUUACCAAUAGAUUCAUCAAUGCCACAGAUUUGGGAUGAAAGAUACAAGCCCAUCUAUAUCAACGCCGUUUUCCUGCCAGCCUACAAAAACAGGCACUCGUUCAUAGUGACACAGAUACCUCUCAGAGAGACCGUUGUUGACUUUUGGAGGCUAGUUUACCAGCAACGUGUUUCUACAAUCGUUCUCCUCGGUGAAGUAGAAGAAAAUGUGUCAAAUUUGGAACAGAAUAUUGGAAAAUAUUGGUUAGAAGGCACUGAUAGUAUUCAGUAUGGACCUUUUAGUGUAACCAAGAAAAUUUCAACACAAGAAGAUGAAAAUUACAAUGUUAUUACCCUUAUCCUCAGUGCAGAGCAACGGGAAGAAAGGAUGAUCACAGUAUUUAAAUGCAAGUUCUGGAGAGAUUCCGAGACAAUUCCGCCGUCCAUUUCACCAAUUUUAAAGUUAAUAAAUGAUGUAGAAAUGCAUCAUAAUAAGAACAACACAGGACCUAUCAUUGUUCAGUGCCUAAAUGGGGCUGAGAAAAGCGGUUUGUUUUGUGUUUUGCAAGUCGUGUUGGAAAGAAUGAAAAUAGAACAAGAUGUAGCUAUCCACCAAGUUGUUCAGCACAUGCGAAGCGUGAGACCGAGCAUAAUUUCAAAUAUGGAACAGUUCAAGUUUUGUUAUGAUGCUGUUAUGGAAUUCAUGAAACAGUAUGACGCCUAUUCCAACUUCCAAUGAGAUGCACUUAUCUUUUCUAAGAAGUGAAAUAUAACAUUGUUUAUUGCUGCUUGAUGAUAAUUUAUGUCAGCAUUGUAAUUAUAAGCUUAGGAAUGAUCUUUUUAUAUAUUUAAGAAGAUAAAAGAGAAUUUAUGCAACUUUAUAAUCGCACUGCUUUAAAUACUGCAGUAUUUCUUAUACUGAAACAACUUUUAGUUCUUUUUUAUUAUUUUGAUUAUUUAUUUUUUCUUACAUUUAUAUUUUUGGUAUGUAUUGUCAUUUAUUAACAGAAAAUUUCUCUUCCUGAUAUAAUAGAAUUAUAGAGAGAGUACAGUGAAGUUUGUAUGCAUGUGUAUUCAGUGAAAAGCAAGACCUGGUUUUUAUUUUUUGAUAAAAAAAAAAGUUAUCUUUGAGUGUGCACAAAUGUGAGAUUUUUCUGUCAAAAAAAAAGAAAACACAAUUUAAAGAAACUGUUGGGGGAUACUAUAAUUAUUUCCAGUCUUUUAUAUAACAUAAUGUAGGACUUUCCGUUAUUAUUAUUUUUUGACAUGCUUAUCUUUUAUUUAUUACUUUAAGAAAUGAAAUGUAUCUUAGGAGAUAGUCAAACUAUGUAUGGAAUGCUAUAAAACAUUUAUAGUUGAAUAUUGAAGAUCUAAUCUAUUUUCCAAUUCUUUAUUUCACGUUUAACAGCUUACAUCACCACUUCCAGUCAGGACCUCCACUUGAACGCACUACCCAUGCCAAUGACACAUGACCAAACUCUUGCGCACAAGCUUUUUCACACAACACAAUCACACUCAUUAGAUAGCAUCAAUCUCAAAAUAAAUAAAUUGCUAAAAGGAAAUUACUGUCCAAAAUAUUGCUAGAAAACAUUUACAAUCUACAGUCUCAGAUAUAGAGAAUUCACAAUCAAUCACAUUCACAAGAAACAAGUUUUACAUUUCAAAGACCUCAAAACGUUGCGCUAAUUUCCUAGUACGGGUUGACAUUCUCAGUUACAGAGUUACUGUAUUAGAUGACGGGACAUAGUCACUAUUGUAAGUAGACUCAAGAGUCUGUUCACUAGAAGUCUCUGAAAUAUCAGAUGCACUUUCCGGUUCCUGAUAUUUUUAACGAAUGUAGUAUUUCGCCUUACUGAAACUCCCUCCGCCAAUUUUACGACACAGCUGUUUCCUUUUUGUGUACAAGUUUAUAUGACUCAGUAUGAUACGGCGUGUUCAUUUUAUCCUUGACAGCGUUCUUCAAGAGGGUCGAAUCUCCUGGCCCUAUCACAAUCCACUGCAAUGCGUUUCUCGUCGAUAUAAAGCUUGUUAUUGUAUUUGAAAUUCUCAUCCUUAUCACGCACUCCAUCAUCAUAAACAUUUUCUUAUAGAUUUACUUGCGGGAGCUUGGUUCUCAGUAUACGACG